GCCCUCUAAAUAUCUCGGUUUCCUUUUUUCUGUGGCCAUGUGUGUGCUUGUGCUUUACUGACCUUUACUUUCAUAGAGAUGACCAGUAAAUGGUCAGUUAUCAUGACAACAUAAACCUUAAAUAGCCAGCUGGAGUGAUUUAUUAACUGAUUCUCCAUUAAUAUGUUUUCGCUGUAAUGGUUAGCUUGCUGCUAAUAAAUGAUCGCGCUGAUGUCGGCGGCUCUGAUGCGGAUCCUGAGGCGCGCUUCGCCUCGUCUUCAAACUGUGAGAAUCUGCAGAUCAAACAGCCACAAAACUGAGGAUUUCCUGAAGAGCGAGGCGGUUCAGAGACGCAUUAAACGCGUGAUGGACGAGCAGAAGAGUAUCACAGCUCGUUUAGAGAGAGGACAGAUGACGGAGUCUGACAGGAGAGCUUUAAACCAAACACUAGUGGAAGCGUCGAGGGUCAUUAACGCGUUUGAGAAAACUCAACUAGCGCUCAGGGAACUGGCUGAGAUACAGACUCUCAUUCACAACACCAGUGCUGAAGAGCAGCAGAUGCUUGAGCUCCUGCGAGAGGAACAUGAGGCGCUGAGCAGAAGAAUAAAGCAGCUCAACACGAAGCUGAUGGAGGCGCUGGUUCCCGCCGAGGAGCUGGACGACAGGAGUGUUGUGCUCGAGGUCGCAUCGGGACGGACCACCGGAGGAGACGUCUGCCAGCAGUUCACUCGAGAGAUCUUCGACAUGUACCAAGGCUUCGCCUGCUAUAAACACUGGGACUUUGAGCUCUGCAAUUACACUCCGGCAGAUUACGGAGGGCUUCAUCACGCCGCCGCCAGGAUCUCGGGGGACUCCGUGUUUCGCUGGCUGAGGUUCGAGGGAGGGACUCAUCGAGUGCAGAGGAUUCCUGAAGUCGGUCUGUCGUCACGCAUGCAGCGAAUCCACACGGGAACCGUCACGGUUAUAGUUCUGCCGCAGCCACGGGAGGUGGACGUCCACAUCGCGGCUAAAGACCUGCGUAUCGACACGUUCAGGUCUCGCGGCGCCGGCGGACAGAGCGUCAACACCACCGACAGCGCCGUACGCGUGGUUCACCUGCCCACAGGUGCGGGAACGGUCGCUGAGUGCCAGCAGUUUCGCUCUCAGCUGAAGAACCGCGACACGGCGCUGCGUGUUCUCCGAGCGCGGCUGUUCCAGUGCAUCAUGGGACAGCAGAGAGAGCAAACGCACAGCGCUCGCAGACAACAGGUGGGCUCUCGAUGUCAGUCGGACAGAAUACGCACUUAUAACUUCAGUCAAGAUCGAGUGACGGACCACAGGAUUGGUCAUGUGACGCGUGACAUCAAGGCGUUCCUGCGGGGCGGAGAGGAUCUGGAGGAUCUGAUCCGAAUCCUUCAGGAGAAACACGACCUGCUCAAACUCACCGACAUCAGCUGAUCCAGACACACUUCCUCAUACGUCUCUACGUGUA